CUCAGAUUCUUUAGGAUACUCCCACUAUAUAAGUUUACAUUAUUUAAAAUGUGUUCCUUAUUUCGUGCUAUAAAGUUGAUUCUAUAAAAAAAAGGUGCUACAUCCAACGCAUAAUGUCAUAGCUUUACGUACCUUAAAGCUGUAUAUAUAGAGGACCCUUAUUGACAAUUAUCUACAUCAAACUGAUCAACCACAUAAGCUCAAAGUCAUUUUUCAUCUUCACCCAAAGAUAUUACAGUCUCCUUGAUUGUCUCUAAUUUUCCAAUCUUUCAUUUCUGAUUUUGCAUUGUAAUCGAACAUACCCACUAAUAUCCUUUGCAAGCCGCUUUUCAAACAACCUAUUACAUUAUAACACCAAUGGAGAAGAUACAAAAGAUGAUCUCCGAGAAGUCGGUAGUAAUAUUUAGCAAUAACUCUUGUUGCAUGUCACACACAAUCAAGACUCUCUUCUUAGACCUUGGCGUGAACCCGACAAUCUAUGAGCUAGACGAGAUCAACAGAGGAAAAGAGAUAGAGUAUGCAUUGGCUCAGCUUGGCUGCAGCCCGACUGUGCCAGUGGUGUUCAUAGGAGGGCAGCUUGUUGGUGGAGCCAAUCAAGUCAUGAGUCUCCAUCUCAACCGUUCUCUCAUUCCAAUGCUUAAACGCUUUGGGGCUUUAUGGCUUUGAUAAAAUAUAAAAGAAUAGUUACUUAUUGAUCGUAGCUUGGUAAUAAUGAUGUCAUGAAACCAAUCAAGGAUGACAAAAAAAAAAAAAAUGUAUGCAUGUAAGUUUUGAAAGGAUAGAUUGUGAGGAUACCUAUUUUGUAACGUGUGGGUAUAUUUUAUAGUAAACAACCUAGUGUUGUAUUUCUACUUGUCCAUGCUUUUGGUUUUUAAUAUAUAUAUACAUGCUAUUAAGAAAUGGUACACAUAUUGUAGAGAAAAAGAAAGACUUUAAUUUG